ACAACACUUAAUUGAUCUGAAUUGAUCCUGCUAUCACUUUACACACAAAAAAAAGAAGAAGAAGAUAUUCCUCCUAAUUAAUUAGGCCCAAAAGGGCCAGGCGACAAAGGAAUAGGAUAUAAAAUCAGACUAGAGGUCAUAUCAAAUCAUAUUACUUGUUUGUUUCAAGCUUCAACAAUGGCUAGGCCAGUUGAACCGCUGGUGGUGGGGAGGGUGAUCGGAGAUGUGCUCGACAUGUUUGUACCAGCUGCUGAAUUGAUAGUACAAUAUGGGUCAAAACAGGUCGGAAAUGGUUGUGAGAUAAAGCCAUCCCAUUCUGCUCACAAGCCUGCGGUUCGCGUAAAUGGCUCUCGUGGCCGUGCCGCCAGUCUCUUUACCCUUGUUAUGGUCGAUCCUGAUGCGCCAAGUCCAAGUGAUCCGACUUUCAGAGAGUGGCUUCAUUGGAUUGUGGUGAACAUCCCAGAGGGUGGGGAUGCCUCCGAAGGCAAAGAAUUGGUAGCAUACCAAGGGCCUCAGCCACCAGCGGGUAUCCACCGCUACGUGUUUGCGCUUUUUAAGCAGAGAGGAAGAAUGGAAAAGCCAAAAACGCUACCAGAACCCCGUCACAACUUCACCACUCGACAAUUUGCAAGCCAUAAUGAACUCGGACUUCCUGUUGCUGCCGUAUAUUUCAACUCACAGAAGGAACCAGCUGGAAAUAGGAAACGUUGAUGCCUUGUCUGAAAGCGUGCUAGUUCCUGUUUUAUCCUCCAGCAUGCAUGGUAUAGAACUGGGAAUGUAUAGGUGGUUGUAUAAUCUGUGUGCUGUUUGUGUUCGUUUUGGUCAUUAAGAGCUUCUUAAGGGAUGUGCAACCGCAGUCAAGUUUUUAUUUUUAGUUUAUCUUCUUGUACGUACGUGUCAUUGUAGUAUCUAAAUUGGGUAGUACGUAUAAUAUAAUUCGAAGCGCUAUUUAAAAAUAGCCUUUUACUUUUUUAAGUGGAUUGAGAGGUCUUGAAUUCAGAAUCUUUUUUAUGUACGUGUGUAGAAGAUUCGCUCCAGGACAAUCCGAGAUAUGAACAUGUAUUGUAACAUUGACGUGCUUAUUUAUAUCACUUUUAUAGUUUUACCUA